AUGGAUGAGGAGGUCGAAGACGAGACUGGAGUGAGCUUCGAGGCCGUGGGUUGGGCCCUGCGCGAGCUCACCGUGCGCGCGAGCCCGUCGAAGCACUCGGAGGUCAUUGGCUCCAUCCCUGCAGGUCGAGAUGUUCACAUUCUCCGCGUCAGUGGUGUGCACGCGCAGCUGCAGGGGCCUUUGGCCGGGUGGAUUUCGAUCCACGCGGCCGGCGGCCGCUGCGUGGAGCUGUCCGAGGGCGUGGCGUGGCCCGCGGAGCCCUGGGCGGCAGAGAGCAACGAGGAUGCGGUGAGCCUGAACGAUUUGCCGGUGAUCCGCCCCGGCUGGGCUUCAGCGCUGGUGGAGCUGAACGUGCGCGCGGGGAAGCAGAAGCGGAGUGAACUCCUGGGAACCCUGCCGCCGGGUGCGCGCCUGCACAUCGCCGAGCUGGUGGAGCUCCGGGCGCGCCUCGUGGAGCCCUACGAGGGCUGGGUCUCGGUGAUCACGCCGCAGAGGGCGCCGGCGCUGGUGCAGGAAGAGCCAACUGGAGAAGCAGGGCCACCGCAAAAGUCGCAGCAGCUGGCUGGUCCUGCACGACAGGAGACCAGUGAGUCGAGCUCGAGCAGCGAGGUGCCGGCUCCACCCAAAGCGAAGCCGAAGGAGCCGCCCAAAGCCCGGAGCCCUGCGAACGCCCAGGGGAAGGUCAAGGCAGCAGCGGCUAAGCCCAAGGCCGGGGCCAAGAACAGUGCCUCCUCAACCAGUUCUGAGGCCAGCUCCAGCUCCGACAGCUCGGAGGCCUCCAGUUCCAGCUCCGAGGGUUCUGAGCCGGCAGAAGUCGAGGAAGUCAAGAUGGAGGAGCGUAUCAAUCAGACGACGCCGCCCGCAGAAGGGCCAGGUUGGUGGUGGACACACCUCAAGGCCAUCGUUUGCAAAGGCGAGUCGAGGCUGACAGAGGUGGUGGGCCACCUGCCGCCCGGGCGGACGGUCUUCGUGCAGGAGCUGCGGAAUGAUCGCGCCUUCAUCCGUGAGCCGGUGGAGGGCUGGGUCCCUCUGCGGUCUCCCAGUGGGCAGGUGGUCCUCGCGCAACAGGCACCUGCCGUCUCCGAGCCACGCAUCGAGGCGCGGGAGGACUUGCGCCCGGCGUGGGAGGACUUGCACCCCGUGCCGGGCAGCCUCCACGUGAAGCGCUCGAGCAUGCCGGAGCUGCGACGUGGCAAGGGCUCCAGUAAUUUGGCACGGGACUGGGAGGAAUGGCUGCAACAGGCGCGAGAGAGGCAGAAAGGUGGGAGGCUGGAGGGGAGGGAGGUGGAGAAGAGAAUAGAAGUAGAGCCUGAAACCUUGGAAAAGAAGGAUGAGAAGAGCAUCCUUGAGGCCACGCCAGGCACUUUGGAGAGGAGGGCGGCAUCUGGGAUUUCGGGAAAGGAAGAGAAGAGUUUGGGCGAGGCAGUUCCAGGGACACUGGAGAGGAAAACCGUGCCUGGGAUGGAGAAGGAGAAAGCCCUAGCAGAGGCAGCACCUGGCACCUUGGAGCAGGAGGAGACCAUUGUGGCUGAGGCAGUGCCAGAUACCUUGGAGAAUGAGGAGGUGAAGGAGGGUGAGGGCGACCAAGAGAGGUUGGAACAGCAGGAGCAGAGCGUCGUUGAGGCACUACCUGCAGCCGAGAAGCAGGAUGAGAUCAAGAAGACUCAGACAUUUGAGGAAGAGGUCGAGGAGCUCCUGGCCCACAAGCAGUUCUUGGGCAUCCAGAGCCAAAAGCCGCGAGAGGCUGAGCCAGCGGAGUUGCCCAAAGAGAGGCCUGAGAUCACAGAGCAUCCGAAGGCAAGACAAUGA